UGGCGGGCGGGACCGCGGCUGGCUCUCUCUACGGCGGGACAGCCCAGCCCACGGGCCGAGCAAGCAUGCGGGGGGACCGGGCGGCAGGGCGGCCGUCGCUGCCACCGCCACCGCUGCUGCUGCUGUGGCUGUUGCUGCUGCCCUGGGCCGCGGCGCUGCACCCAGGCGAGCUCUUCCCCUAUGGGGAGUCGCGGGGAGACCAGCUCCUGCAGGAAGGCGACGACGAAAGCUCCGCUGCCGUGAAGCUGGCAGUUCCCCUGCGCUUCUACGAUGCCCAGUUCAGCCACCUCUACGUGGGCACCAAUGGCAUCAUCUCCACCCAGGACUUUCCCAGGGAGACCCAAUAUGUGGACGAUGAUUUCCCUACAGACUUUCCGGCCAUCGCCCCCUUUCUGGCUGACAUCGACACGAGCCGUGGCAGGGGCCGGGUCCUGUACCGCGAGGACACCUCCCCGGCAGUGCUGAGCCUGGCCGCCCGCUAUGUGCGCACAGGCUUCGCGCGCUCGGCGGCCAGCUUCGUCCCCACCCACGCCUUCCUGGCCACCUGGGAGCAAGUGGGCGCCUAUGAGGAGGUCAGGCGUGGGGCUACGCCCUCAGGAGAGUUGAACACUUUCCAAGCAGUUUUGGCAUCUGAUGGGUCUGACACGUACGCCCUCUUCCUUUAUCCUGCCAAUGGCCUUCAGUUCUUUGGAACCCGUCCCAAAGAGUCUUACAAUGUCCAGCUCCAGCUUCCAGCCCGGGUGGGCUUCUGCCGAGGGGAGGCUGAGGACCUAAAGAGAGAAGGACCAUACUUCAGCUUGACUAGCACUGAACAGUCUGUGAAAAACCUCUACCAACUCAGCAACCUGGGGAUUCCUGGAGUGUGGGCUUUUCACAUCGGCAGCACAUCGCCCCUGGACAAUGUCAGGCCAGCCACCACUGGAGGAGAUCUUUUCACAGCCCACUCUUCGGCUCCCCUAAAACAUUCCCUCAGCCAUGCUGCCACCCUGGAAAGUGACUAUACUGAGGAUAAUUUGGAUUAUUACGACGAGAAUGAGGAGGAAGUAGAACAUCCCCCAGGGGAGCGAGAGGGGCCACUGAAUGGCCGCAGCAGGGUGGAUGUGACCUUCCACUCGAGAGCUGAUGCGGACCAUUUGGGAGGUGGGAUGUCUCCUCAAGGUUCUGAUCGGGCGUCCCCUUUGCCACAUCCAGCACCUAGUGAAUGGCCAUCCUACUCCGAAACAGAAUUAGCCACCUUGGACCCUCAGACCAAAGAUGGGGCAUCUGUGGGGAAGGUAGAGGCCCCGGAUUUAAGAGGCCACGUGGAGCCUUUGGACCAAACAGGGACUGGAAGCUCAGCUCCAUCAGAGGCGGGCGGAAGUUCCCCAUCUCUGACCCUGGAAGGCCCCCCACCCUACCCUAGAAACAGAAGCCCCCAGCCUUAUGAUGGAGGCGUACCUUCAGAACCAGAUCCUCCUACAGACCCUGGAGAAGAAGCCCAUCUUCCCAGUUCCCCGGGGCGGGGCCCCACUCCACCCUUGAGUCGAGAGAGGUAUGUGGUAGGAGCGGAGGAUGACGUCAGUUCCAACGCUGAGGUCUUCACGUAUAAUGCUGCCAGGAAGGAAACCUGUGAGCACAACCAUGACCAGUGCUCCCGGCAUGCCUUCUGCACAGACUACGCCACCGGCUUCUGCUGCCACUGCCAGUCCAGGUUUUAUGGAAAUGGGAAGCACUGUCUGCCAGAAGGUGCACCUCAUCGAGUCAACGGGAAAGUGAGUGGCCACCUCCAUGUGGGCCACACGUACGUGCAUUUCACCAAUGUGGACCUGCAUGCUUACAUCGUGGGUAAUGAUGGCAGAGCCUACACAGCUAUCAGCCACAUUCCACGGCCUGCAGCCCAGGCGCCUCCCCUCACUCCAAUCGGAGGCCUGUUUGGCUGGCUCUUUGCAUUGGAAAAACCAGGCUCUGAGAACGGCUUCAGUCUCACAGGUGCUACCUUUACCCAAGACAUUGAAGUUACUUUCUACCCAGGAGAGGAGAGGGUUCGUAUCACUCAAAGUGCUGAGGGGCUCGACUCAGAGAAUUACCUGAGCAUUAAGACCAUGAUUCAAGGCCAGGUACCCCACGUCCCAGCAAAUUUCACAGUCCACGUUGCUCCUUACCAAGAGCUUUACCAUUACUCGGACUCAGCUGUGACCUCCACAAGUUCCAGAGACUACUCGCUCACCUUUGGUACAGUCAACCAAACAAAGUCUUACCGCGUCCAUCAAAAUGUGACUUACCAGAAGUGCAGUCACGCCCCCAGACACCGGGCUGUCCCCACCACCCAGCAGCUGACUGUAGACCGCGUCUUUGCCUUAUACAGUGAAGAUGAAGGAGUGCUUAGAUUUGCUGUGACCAAUCAUAUUGGCCCUGUUGAAGCAAAUUCAGACCCUGCUCCAGUGAAUCCUUGCUAUGAUGGGAGCCACACGUGUGACACAACAGCACGGUGCCAUCCAGGGACAGGUGUCCACUACACCUGUGAGUGUGCGCCCGGGUACCAGGGAGACGGACGGAGUUGUGUGGAUGUCAAUGAAUGUGCAAGUGGCAUCCAUCGCUGUGGCCCCAACUCUGUGUGUAGCAACUUGCUGGGAAGCUACAGGUGCGAGUGCCACCACGGCUACGAGCUUUCUAGUGAUCAGCACACUUGCAUCUUGAUUGCCCCACCUGCCAACCCCUGCGAGGAUGGCAGUCACACCUGCGCUCCCGCUGGACAGGCCCGUUGCAUUCACCACGGAGGGAGCUCUUUCAGCUGUGCCUGCUUGCCAGGUUAUGCCGGCACUGGGCACCAUUGUUCUGAUGUUGAUGAAUGUGCGGAAAACAGAUGUCACCCGGCAGCUACCUGCUAUAAUACCCCCGGGUCCUUCUCCUGCCGUUGCCAUCCUGGAUAUCAUGGGGAUGGAUUUCAGUGCAUACCUGACUCCGCCUCAGGAUUGAAGCCCUGUGAACACCAGCAGCGCUAUGCCCAGGCACAGCAUGCCUACCCUGGGUCCCGGCUCCACAUCCCCCAGUGUGAUGACCAGGGCAACUUCUUGCCACUGCAGUGCCAUGGCAGCACUGGCUUCUGCUGGUGUGUAGACCCUAAUGGCCAUGAAGUCCCUGGCACCCAGACUCCACCUGGCUCUACCCCACCUCACUGUGGACCAGCACCAGAGCCCACCCAGAGGCCUCGGACCGUCUGUGAGCGCUGGAAGGAAAACCUGCUGGAGCACUAUGGUGGCACACCCAGGGAUGACCAGUAUGUGCCCCAGUGCGAUGACCUAGGCCACUUCGUCCCCCUGCAGUGCCACGGGAAAAGCGACUUCUGUUGGUGUGUGGACAAAGAUGGCAGAGAGGUCCAGGGCACACGCUCGCAGCCAGGCAUCACCCCUGCAUGUAUACCCACGGUUGCUCCACCCACAGUUCGGCCCACACCCCGGCCUGAUGUGACCCCUCCAUCUGUGGGAACCUUCCUGCUCUAUGCCCAGGGCCAGCAGAUCGGCCAUUUGCCCCUCAAUGGCUCCAGACUUCAGAAGGACAUGGCCAGGACCUUGCUGUCACUGCAUGGCUCCAUAGUUGUGGGAAUUGACUACGACUGCCGGGAGAGGAUGAUGUACUGGACAGAUGUUGCUGGACGGACGAUCAGCCGUGCCAGCUUGGAACCAGGAGCAGAGCCUGAGACUGUCAUCAACUCAGGUUUGAUAAGCCCCGAAGGACUUGCCAUCGACCACUUCCGGAGAACAAUGUACUGGACAGACAGUGGCCUGGAUAAGAUAGAGAGAGCCCAGCUGGAUGGGUCCAAGCGCAAGGUCCUCUUUCACACCGACCUGGUGAAUCCACGUGCCAUCGCUGUGGAUCCAAUCCGAGGCAACUUGUACUGGACAGACUGGAACAGAGAAGCUCCUAAAAUCGAAACAUCAUCUUUAGAGGGAGAAAACAGAAGAAUUCUGGUCAAUAAAGACAUUGGUUUACCAAAUGGAUUAACCUUUGACCCAUUCUCCAAACUGCUCUGCUGGGCAGAUGCAGGAACCAAGAAACUGGAGUGUACACUACCUGAUGGAACUGGACGGCGUGUCAUCCAAAAUAACCUCAACUACCCCUUCAGCAUUGUCAGUUACGCAGACCACUUCUACCACACAGACUGGAGAAGGGAUGGUGUUAUAUCAGUGAAUAAAGACAGUGGCCAGCUGACUGACGAGUAUCUCCCGGAGCAGCGGUCUCACCUCUAUGGGAUAACGGCAGUUUACCCCUACUGCCCAACAGGUAAAUGACACGUGUCAGGUUUGGAUUAGCAAAGGAGAGAGGGCUACCUAUGGGACCUCAUUACCCUGCUUCCACUAACACUGUCAUCACUGCUGUUUUUCCAACCUUGAGUCCACCUAGCUUACCUACACACAAAAUGAAGAAAACCUGUUAUUGCAACUUGGUCACAAA